CUGGAAAGCGGGUGCUGCUCCGUGCGAGCGACCGGCGAGCAACCGCCUGAGGCUGCGGCUGAAGCGGAGGCCGCUCGCUCUUCGCCGGUCUGCGCAGGACUCUCGGGAAGCCACAAUGCGGCACAAUCAGAUGUGUUGUGAGACACCACCUACUGUCACUGUUCAUGUAAAAUCAGGUUCUAAUCGGUCACAUCAAACUAAAAAGCCUAUUAAUCUGAAGCGUCCUAUUUUCAAAGAUAGUUGGCAAGCAUCUGAAAAAAAUGCACAUAAUAACAAAUCUAAGCGGCCCAAAGGACCCUGUCUAAUUAUACAACGUCAGGAAAUGACUGCUUUCUUUAAAUUAUUUGAUGACGACUUAAUUCAGGAUUUCUUGUGGAUGGACUGCUGUUGUAAAAUCGCAGACAAGUAUCUUUUGGCUAUGACCUUUGUUUAUUUCAAGAGAGCUAAAUUUACUAUAAAUGAGCAUACCAGGAUAAAUUUCUUUAUUGCUCUGUACCUGGCUAAUACAGUUGAAGAAGAUGAAGAAGAAGCCAAGUAUGAAAUUUUUCCAUGGGCUUUAGGGAAAAACUGGAGAAAACUGUUCCCUAAUUUCUUAAAGUUAAGGGACCAGCUCUGGGACAGGAUUGACUAUAGGGCUAUUGUGAGCAGGCGGUGCUGUGAGGAGGUUAUGGCCAUUGCACCAACCCAUUACAUCUGGCAACGAGAGCGCUCUGUGCAUCACAGUGGAGCUGUUAGGAACUACAACAGAGAUGAAGUUCAUCUGCCCCGGGGGCCUAGUGCCACACCAGUAGACUGUUUACUGUGUGGUAAAAAAGGAAGAUACAUGAGAUUGGGACUGUCUUCAUCGUCAUCUUCAUCCAGUGACACAGUAGAGCUAAUGGAAAAACACUCUCAGGAAUUACACAAUUCAUUAUCAGUGGACAUGAUAGGUGAACCUUCUCAAGCCAAUAGCUAUUCUCAAGUAGCCAAUGACCAUCAAUCAAACAAAGAAAAGGAAACUAAUUUUAUGAAGAAAGACAGAGCUAUGGAGUGGUUUACAGGAAGUGAAGAAUGACGUGGCUCAACUAAAGCAACCUGGAAUUAACUACAGAAUAUCAAAAUAAAUGCAAGACAAUGUCAAAAUGGGACAGAUACCCAGUUGUACAACAUUUUUUAGCUUCAAACAUAUGUAAAAGUUAUACAAGUCAUAGUAAUAACUAAAAGUAUCAAUUUAUGACAGUGAUUGAUAAUAUGAAAUUCUAAUUUGAUACUUCUCUGCCUUCAAAUUGAUAUCUCUCAUCUGAGGUAUCUCAGUUCAGCUGUGGUUUGACCUUUCUCAACCUGACAAGAAAAGCCAGUUUAAACGAGAAAACAAUUAAGGUCAUACCGCUGUAUUAGUUAAAGAAACAUUUAGUAUGUUCUGAAAACAUUACUGACGUGUGUGGACAGUUUGCCAGUGAGCAGAUCUAGCAAUAUAGAGAUAGGGUCCGUAUAGAAAAUCAGAAUGUGACUUUGUGUAACAGAACAAAAUGCUUACUACACUGUAUGUGUUUAUAAUUUGUUCACACUGUCCUGUUCUUGUAAGGUCUUUUCUUCUUUUUAUAUUUUUAUUGGAGCUAUACUGCUAGUCAGUACAUUUGCCAGCAAUCACAUAGAAAUACAGAAACAUUUGCCAGCAAUCACAUAGUAGUAACCUUACAGAUAAGCUUAUGACCAAAAGGAUAAGCCUGUUUCAUAAAUAAAUAUAUCUGAAACCCUUUUCACGGCCUAGAUAAUGUACAUAUACAAGGAUCUGAACUUGCUUCCUGGAAGAGCUCCAGCAGCACUUUAGGACUUCUGCAAUUAAUUUAAAAGAAUAGAAAAAUACUACACUUCAGUUUCUGUACCAAAAUUAUAAUAAUAAUGAUAAU